CCUGGCAAGGCCAGUGAGGGUCACUUUGAGAGUGACUCAAUGGUGCCUGCUUCAGGGGCAAGGGAAAGUCCUCUCUUCCAGGAAGUCUGACUUGAGGGGAUUCCACCCAUAUCUAACUCCAGGGUACCAGACUUGGUCAACUCUGGAAUAGCCUUCUCACUGCUCCUGACAGAAAAAACCUGCUGGUUGCCUGGUCAUCCAGUAGGAAUCCUCUCCUAGAAGGCCCUGCUGCCUUCAUGGAGGGCUCCAGCCCUCCUUGAGAGCUUCCUCUUAAGGCGUUCUUCUCCCCCCUUCACACUCCUCCGCCAACACACACUCGUUGCCAAGAGAGAAGGCGGUGAGGGUAGUUGCAGUCUGAAGAAGCAGAGCCUUGUAGUUGGGGCAGGCAAUGUCAGGUAAACCUGGAGACCUGCUUUGGAACAUGGCCUUGACUAUGACUUAAACUUCUGAGCUGUUGAAUGGGUCUAAUAGUGAGACCUUCCUGAGGAUCAAAUUAAAUGAACAAAUGUUUGUAAAGUAUUUGGCACAUAUAUGAUGGUGGCAUGUAUGUGACAGUGGCAUGUAUGAGGGCUGGUGGUCCCUCUCAUUGAGUUCGUAUAGUCUCCUUUUGUGCAUCCCUCUCCUUGUAUCACGUAGAACCAGAGAACAAAACUUGUCCAUAUUUCUCUGAAACGCUAAGGUCAUCUCCUAAAAGAUCCAGGAGCUAGGAUUGGGUCACUGUUUGAGUCAGAACCAUUGUGGAGAGAAUAGAAGGGCACAGAUACUGAGCCUUGCCUGAGAGAGGGCUUCCUGCCUCUCUAGAGCCCUUGGAGAUGAGACAGGUGUUGGGGAAAGUCAUGGGAGUGAGCAGGGAGGGGCUGAGAAGCCAUAUGGGAUAUGAGAGAGGUUCAGGCUUGGGGACAAAGGGCAACAGGCUGCUACUAUGCAAGCGUAUCCUGAUUAUCCUUGACGAGGGUCUGAGGCCAAGAGCUGUUGAGCUAUCUGCAAUGAGUCAAGGGGUAUGGAGGAGAGGGGUGGUGGUAUCUGCCUGGAUUUUGCCUGAAGAACAUUAGUUUGCACCUUGGAGUCAUGGUACAAGUCCUAGGAGUAACCUGGACUUCUCCCUUUGAGGGUUUUACUGGUUCCCAUCCCUUCGGAAGACCUCAGGUCUCCUGAUUACUGUGUGAGGAGUCAGCAUCCCCCAGGAGACAGACAUAUGCCGUCCCCCUCUUCAGUAGAAGGAAUGAGGGAAGGAGUAUCUGUUUCUGAAAUACCAGAUGACCCUGGAGAGGCUGUACUUUCCCUGAAAGAGAGCCAUCCCUCACCCCACACCUCCAACCACUGACCCUCCUUGUCUUUCUGGAUAGAGUGCAGGGGCUUCUCUGAAAACUCUCUGGAGCUCGCUGUGUCAGGCAGUGGGGAAGAAUUGCGUGGUCCGCUUCUAUAUACCCACUUCGAAGCUUAAGUAUGUCAGCCUAAAACCUACUCCGGAAGUUUGCUCUCUGCUGUCAGGUGUUGACUUUAAGAUGAAAACCAUCGAAGUAGACGGCAUCAAAGUGAGGAUACAGAUUUGGGACACAGCAGGGCAGGAGAGGUACCAGACUAUCACAAAACAGUACUACCGGCGAGCCCAGGGAAUAUUUUUAGUCUACGACAUUAGCAGCGAGCGCUCUUAUCAGCACAUCAUGAAGUGGGUCAGUGACGUGGAUGAGUACGCCCCAGAAGGCGUCCAGAAGAUCCUCAUCGGGAAUAAGGCUGACGAAGAACAGAAACGGCAGGUGGGGAGAGAGCAAGGGCAGCAGCUGGCUAAGGAGUAUGGCAUGGACUUUUACGAAACAAGUGCCUGCACCAACCUUAACAUUAAAGAGUCCUUCACUCGUCUGACCGAGCUGGUGCUGCAGGCUCACAGGAAAGAGCUGGAUGGUCUCCGAACAUGUGCCAGCAAUGAGCUCGCACUGGCCGAGCUGGAGGAAGACGAAGGCAAAACUGAAGGCCCAGCAAACUCUUCAAAGACCUGCUGGUGCUGAGGGUCCUGUGUGGAAUCCUCCCUCCCCCAGUCCCCUUCCCUCAGGAGGCCCGUGGAGGCAGGGAGUCUGGGCUUUGUCCAUCACUGUCCUUUCAUUUGAAGAUCCUGUUGAAAACCAGUAGCUGCUACUCCCCUGCCUGGCCCUGUGAGCAGCUUUGCUGUGGUCUCCGAGCAACCUCUGUCCCCAGCCCUGCUAUCCUGGAGUGGUAACCUUUCAACCUGUUUCCCAGCCGCAGGCCUGCUGUGACCCCAGAAUGUGCUUCGACCAUCUCACCACCCCAGGCUCCUGGGACAACGGUCAAGGCUGGAGUCAAAGCCACUUAAAGACUCCUUUAGUGCAUCUCGUGGGCUCUCUGCUUUUUCUCUUCUUUCUUCUCUUUCUCCAGUCCCUUCCUUCCCAUGUAUUUUGCGUCCACGUCAUCCACGUCUCUCCUCCCUAGCCUGUGUGUCCUGCUAAUGCAGUUCCUUUCUUCUUUCCUUCCUGAUUCUGCCUAAGGGAAUGGACCCAGGCUCUGCCCCAGGGAGGAUGGCUCACCCUGCUCUGGGCUGGGCUGAAGGCUAAGGGUGCUUCUUCCUCCUCCCCUCCCUGCUGCCCCUUUUUGUGCCAUGGGCUGCCUCCCCAAUGGCCUGGGAGGUAGAACAUUGAGGUAGGAAGGAAACACUAUGAGGUGGUCCUCAAGCCUGGACUGGCCUCUUCUGCCUUUGCCUUCUGCUGGAGUUUUGGCCUUGCCUGGCUGCCUACGUGCCUCUGUGAGGACCUGAGUCCAGAGGCAGGCACAGCAGAGAAGAAGAUGACAAGAUGGGGUGGCGGGGAUUAAGUCACUCUGUUCUCUACCUCCCAUGCAGCGAGUGCACAGCCUUUUCACCCGGGUUCGUGGAUUUAAAGAUGGGAUCAAGGCCUGAGGACGCCAGAGGGCAAGGGGAUCCCCAGGGUCAGACACUGUGUAGUCAGCUGUGAGCUUGAGUUAGAGGCCAGAGCGGAUGCGAAGAGCUGGCUCCUAGAUGGCAGGGUUAGGACAAGAGUAGAGGGGGCUUCACAGAACAGUGAGUGCUGUGGUGACAGCAGGGCGGUCCCCUGUGAGGACAUUUACCCAGACUCCCUGGCAGAGGUCACAAGUGAUAUAGUCAAUCACUCCUCGUUCACUGAACCCAGCCUUCGGAAGUUAAGGUUUUCCCCCAGAGUCCGUGGACAACAGGCCUUAAACAUGGCAAGAGAAGGGCGGGUAUGGGUAGAAUACUUGGUGCUGUUCUGCCUUCCAGGACUCCCUCCCCCUUGUUCCCUUAUUUCUAAGUCUAAGGCUGAAGCUUUGCCAACUGCUGAGUGGCUACUCAGGGAGGGAAGGACACCUCCUCCAGAGUUCUAUGCUCAGGAAGUUUCUUUAACCCUGUGGCCCAAGAGUAGCUUGAAGGAGGCCCCUCAGAAAAAAAAAAGAAAACGAAAGCAAAAAACCAACCCUGGUAGGGUUUGUCCUUACAUUCCCAAGGUGGGAGGAGCUCAGGUAAGAGAAUAGUCCCAAGAUGCACUUCAAGGCUGGGUCUGGAGCCAAACCAAAGGAGGAGCUGGGCUCUGAUGAGCAUUCACUGACUGACCAGGGAUUUUUUCAAAUCCAGGGCACAGCGGUGAUGACAGAGAGCCUCACACCUUUUUAGUCCUCUAAAAAGGAGAUGGGGAUGAAAGCAAUGGGAAUUCCUUCCUGACUUAGCAAGCCAGGAAGCAUUCAGCGGGAGAGAACAGCUCUGGAUGUCUGGUGGAGGGAAAAGGAGACCGGGAAUAGUAGGCCAUUGUUCACUAAAGAGAGACAGGGUGUUGGCUGGAAGCCUGGACCAUGACUGGCUGAGGUGGCUUCCCUGGGGACUGACUCUUAGGUAGUAGCAGGUCCUAGGUAGACUCACACAACAGUGAGCAGAGCUGCCUUCAGCCAGGGACCCGAGGAGAGCUUCUACAGGGCACUGGCCCUAACCUGUGGCAAGUGUCACUCUCUUCUUGUCCCAGCCCCUCAAGCAGGGACUUGAUUUUUACUACCCUGGGGAUUCUGGGAGGGACUCUGUACCAUGGUCACGGCUCUGAGGUACAGCGACAGGGGACUGGGAUAUGAAGAACAUCUGUGCUCUCUCUCUUCUGGAGCUCGCCUCACCCUAACUGCCAGUCUGGGAAGUGGCGUGGGCUGUGUCACUGGCCUUGACUGUUCAGCAGGCUUUCCCGCCUGUCUGCCUGUCACCCGAGAUCAGCUCCCCCUGGUACAUCACCCGAGUCCCACAAUCUCCCCGUGAUGGGUGAACUUUGUGUACCGUGUCUUGAGUUCAUUAUAUGAAUUGUGAGCAGGGUUCAUCUAUUUUAAACACAAAUGUUUACAAAAUAAAGAAUCUUUCAAACCAUA